UACAACUUCAAGCCUUCAAAACACACACACAAAAGAGCCUUAGUCUACAGAAUAAUCAUCUCACCAAAUAUUCACAAGUCACAACGCACGCACACGCAUAUAUACUUAAUUGUUUUGACGAGUUAGUCCUUUCUCAUAGUCAUCGGUUUUCUUUAGACGGGAACCAAUCAUGCAAUACCCACAGCCGUAUGCCUCCGCUUCCGGCGCCGUCCCCACCUCAUCCGCACCGCCUUACCCGACUGCAAUGGCCGUGAUCGGACCACAGUACUGUUGUCCAUAUCCGGUGGACCUAGCAAUCGUUAGAAAGGUGAUGACUCUUGCCGAUCAGUUCACGGUCACGGACUUAAACGGCAACGUCGUUUUCAAGCUUCAGGCGUCUCUUCUAUCCCUCCACGACCGUCGUGUCUUACUUGACGCUGCUCAAAACCCCGUCGUCACUCUGCGCAGGAAGAUAAUGACUGUACAUGAUCGAUGGCAAGCUUUUAGAGGAGACAGUACCGACCCAAAGGAUCUCAUGUUUACUCUAAAGCGAUCAUCUCUGAUCCAGUUGGUUAAAACCAAAUUAGAUGUGUUCUUGGCUUCUAAUACCAAUGAACAAGUUUGUGACUUUAAGAUCAAAGGAAGUUGGCUCGAGCGAUCUUGUGCUGUUUAUGCUGGUGAAUCCAACACCAUCGUUGCUCAGAUGCAUAAGAAGCACACAGUCCAAAGCGUUAUGCUCGGGAAAACAAAUUUCAUGGUGACGGUGUACCCCAACGUGGAUUAUGCUUUCAUAGUGGCACUCAUUGUAAUUCUGGACGAGAUUAAUCAGGAUUCAUCAGGACAGUAAAAGCGAUUAGAUUUUAUUUUAUUGUUUUUAAUUUUUUAAUUAUGGCGCAUUAAUGCAUUAUUGUAUCUGUAUUUAAAGGGGGAAAAUGCUCUUUAACAUGUAUAAAUAAAGUCAGUCUGAAGCUAACUAUUAAUGUUCAGGUUCGUUAUUUUAAGGGUGUUAUCGCAACGGCUU